AUAUGCAAACAGUAUUUGCGCGAAAGUCAAAAUAGUAUGUAUUGGGUGCAGUGAAGUGAAGCUAACCAUUAAUUCGUUGUUAAACAACUUCGACGAAAAAAAACUCUUUUCAUGAUGUUCAGAAAUUCCAGAUCAUUUAUUAGGAACCUGAAAGUAUUGAAUCCUGAGAAGUAUGUAGGAAUCAGAUCUUUCAGUGAUACGACCGAACUCUCAUAUCCGCAAAGAAUCUUUUCUGGAAUUCAACCGACCGGCGCUGUCCAUCUAGGAAACUACCUCGGUGCAAUACAAAGAUGGGUCGAUUUGCAGAAUUCGAAUCAUGAUGUACUUUAUAGUAUCGUAGAUAUGCAUUCCAUCACCUUACCACAAGAUCCGAAAGAACUGAAAAAUAAUAUUCUUGAAAUAACUGCUACUUUAUUAGCAUGUGGUAUAGAUCCUGAAAAGAGCAUCUUAUUUCAACAAUCAACUGUGCCUAUGCAUGCUGAACUGUGCUGGGUCCUAGGCUGUUUAACAACCAUGCCUCGUCUUGGUCAAUUGCCUCAGUUUAAAGAGAAGAGUGCUAAAGUUAAAGACAUACCUCUCGGACUAUAUAUUUAUCCCGUAUUGCAGUCUGCUGAUAUUCUUCUUUACAAAUCGACCCAUGUACCUGUAGGUGAAGAUCAGCUACAACAUUUACAGCUAGCUCAGCAUUUAGCGAAACUAUUUAAUAAUAGAUUCGGCGAAACGUUUCCUAUACCACAUGCGAUGAUAAAUGACGAUAGCAGUGCUAGAAUAAAAUCAUUGCGAGAUACAACAAAGAAAAUGUCAAAAUCUGAUACUGAUCACAAAAGCAGAAUAGAAUUGACUGAUGAACCAAAGGUUCUGUUGAGAAAAAUAAAAAAAGCUAUAACCGAUUUUACAUCUGAAGUCACUUAUGCCCCAGUGGAAAGACCAGGUGUAGCAAACUUAAUCAAUAUCCACUCUUUACUCAGUGGAAAAAGUCACCAUCAGAUUUGCAAAGAUGCUGAAGGGUUGGAAACAGCACAGUACAAAAUGGUAGUGGCAGACGUUCUUAUAGAAAAAUUGAGUCCUAUUCGUAAUCGACUACUUGAUUUACGAAAGGAACCUCAAUAUUUGGAAGAAGUAUUGAGAAAAGGUGGCGAGAGAGCGAGGAACCUCGCUAUUGAUUGUUGGCAUGAGGUCAGAGACAAAGUCGGAUUCGGUGAUAACUUACUAGUGGACAGAGGUUAGGAACCGAAAUGCACUCUGCUGCCAAAUACCAAUACGUUGAUCAAUGCACUUACGGUGUGAAAUAUUUACUAAAUUUCGACCCAGCUGACCCCACCAAUAUUAUGGUGGUAAUCGAUGAUGACAACCAAAUGCUGUUUUAUAUCAAC